AGCGGACGCACUAUCAGUCGCAUGGUGGCCGGUGUCGAAGUGUUCCUGACUCCUGGGUCUCGCAGGUGUUGUACCAAACUCGUGCUCUUCUUAGACGACUACGACGUGCCGUCCGUUAUUACUUUUUUUACGAUCGUUCUUCGCGCUGCAUCCUAGACUCAAUUCGAAUCUUUCGUUAGAAGAUGUUCGGUUGAAUGGUUGAAAAUCGAGGAGCAUGUGAAUUCUUAGGGGCUUAAGGGCCCCCGGGCCCGUGACUAGAUCGUCAUUAGACUGUCUUAAUCGAAAUGAAUGCUGCACUUGCCGUUAGACUUCGAUUGCUGUUCAUUGCCCAUUUCAUUUAUUUGUUUCAUUUUUGUUUAGGUGGUACUUGUUGGUCAGCUAUGGUACGUAACGGAAACGGGCGCUGUACAGAACUGCUUCACGAGAAAAUUUCUAAAGAAGACUGUUGUUCUGGUCGCUCAGUGACGACUUCCUGGUCUUCCGAGGAAUUAGACUCUGGAACGUUAUUUUUUUGGAGAAUACUCGGCGGUGGAGUACGAUGCUCUUCGUGUCGAGAUUCUUGUAAAGAAGUCGUAUGUGAUGUAGAUAAGACUUGCGUUUUGAGGAAAGGUACUCCAAAAUGCGUAUGUGCUUCUAAAUGCAAAGAAGGUAAAUUGCGUUCGCUUAAAGGACCUGUUUGCGGUACAGAUGGUCGAAGUUAUCGUAACGUUUGUAGAUUAAGAAAACAAUCUUGUCGUCGUAGAUCAAACUCCCUGACUAUCGCUUACAAGGGCAUAUGCCAAAGUUCCUGUGAUAAAAUUGUGUGUCCAUCGAAUAAGCACUGCUUACUGGAUCAAAAUUUAACCCCGCAUUGCGUUAAUUGCACGAAAAAAUGUCCUAAUUCUCCGAAACGUCGACAAGUGUGCGGAUCGGACGGAUUGACAUACACCAGCGCUUGUCAUUUGAGAGAAAAAGCUUGCAGAAGAGGGAAAGCUAUCCCUAUAGCAUAUAAAGGAACUUGUCGAGCAAAUGCUACUUGCAAGAAAGUAAAAUGUCGAGAUGGUCAAUCGUGUCUGAAAGAUCUUAAUUCGGGUAUGCCGAGAUGUGUUAGCUGUACGACUAGCUGUAAACCUCGACAUGUUAUGAGGGGUCCAAUAUGCGGUACUAAUAACAGUACCUACCAUACUUGGUGCCACAUGAUGCAAGACGCUUGUUUCAAAGGAUACUUCAUCGAUACGAUGUAUCAUGGAAGGUGCAAGCACAAACUAACGACGAUAUGAUCAUCAUAUUGUGAUUAGUAUUAAAAUAACCAAGCCAAAGAAUUACAACGAUCUGGAUAUAUAUUGUUGAAAUAAAUUUGUAGUAGUAAAAUUAAACGUACAUUUGUAGCUAAUAUAAUUGAUAACAUAAUUCCGAUAUAGAAACAUUGAGUAUAUAAAAUGGUUGUUAUAGUUAGUAAGGUUAACUAGGUAUUAGCAUUGUAAAGAGUUUUUUUUAAGAAUUAAAUUGCGAUUAGAGAAA